AUGGCUGAAAUCUUGGAAACCGCUGCUCGAAAAGGCGAUAUCGACAUGCUAUACGACUUAAUUGACAAGGAUCGUCAUCUGCUGGAUAUAAUUGGUAAGGAUCUGCUUGUCGAUACUCCUUUGCACAUAGCAGCUCAGCAUGGACAGAUCCCAUUUGCAAGGGAGAUAAUGAUGUUGAACCCAUCAUUUGCUUGGAAGCUAAAUGGAAAAGGGCAUAGCGUCAUGCACCUCGCCUUGUACAGCAAAAAAACCGACAUGGUUCUUGAAUUUCUGAACCUUGAACCUGGUCUUGUUCGCAUUCGAGGAAGAGGAGGCGAAACUCCUUUGCAUUAUUUGGCUAAGAAAGGAGAAGAUAUGGAACAUCAGCGGCAAAAGAUUGUUCUCUUGGGGAAAUUCAUAUCCGCUUGUCCACUGAGUAUCCGAGACAUGACUAAUCAAAGGGAGACCGUUUUUCAUAUUGCUGUGGAGCAUGAAAACUUUGAUGCUUUUGAUUUUUUACUAGGUCGACUGCGAAGAGCCCUCCACGGAACCUCUGAAAUCCAUGAGAGAGAAAUUAUAAACUUGAAGAAUGGGAAAGGAGACAAUGUUCUACACAUUGCAACCGAAAAGAAUCAACUCCAAGUGGUGACAUUGUUACUAAAAAAUAGCAAAAUUGAAGUAAAUGCAAAGAAUUCAAGGGGUGUGACUGCUCUAGACAUCUGCAUUGAAAAUGGAUACACAGACGUCAGGGAUGGCCUACUCGCUGCUGGGGCUAAAAGUGGCGAAUCCAUUCCCCAAGUUUCUAUCUCCAUUCCCCAAGUUUGGUCCAUAGUGCCAUUUGCAGAACAGAUUGCCAUACAUUUUAUUCGUUGGAAAAACAACAUAAACAAUGGGUUACGUAAUCUGUUACUAGGUGUUGCUGCAACGGUAGCAACAGUGGCAUUCCAGGCUGCAUUAAGUCCCCCUGGAGGAGUUUGGCAGGAUAACGCCAACAACAGAUCCACUACUGGUAUAAAUAGCAAUGUUGAAGUACCACAUCGAGCGGGGACAGUGAUUAUGGGGACUGCAAAUUUCCUCUGUUUUUAUAUUUACAACAGCAUCAUAGUUUAUAUCACAACAAUGACUAUGGUUUUUCUACUUCCUGAAGGGAAGAUUACUAAGCUGCUGAGAGGGAUUCUAUUUCUCUAUCUUUUUUGCUAUAUACUCUCUUUGGGAGUCAUAUGGCCCUACUCUACAGGUGAACCAAUUUUCAUUAUCUCUAUCGUAGUUAUGUUACUGCUCUAUAUGCUAGGUGUUUUUGGGUUUGGAAUCCUUCGUGUUUUAGAAGUUAGAUUUUUGGAAAUGAAUGAACAGAUUCAGUGA